AUGUCCAACGACUCCAGCCACACCAUGGAGUGUGAAGAGCCAGAUGAGUGCACCCAACCCACCGAACCCAACAAACCCAUCGAGCUCAACAAAAUCAUCCAGUCCAUCGAGCCCAUCUGGCCAAUCAUACCUCUCAAUCUCAAGCGAUAUUUCCCAACCACCAAAAGCGAGAGCUAUGAAGUCGAACCCUUCGAAGCCAGCCCAAACCCCGAAAAAGAGAGCGACAGCGACGACGAACAGCUCUUCCAAGCGCAGAAGCUCUAUUUCCGGGACCACACCAACCGCAGAACGCGCUACUCUGUCUAA